CCCCACGACAAACCUGCGUCCUCUUCGUUUUCAUCCAGAUUCAUAUUUCAUUUCUGGGUUUUGGCUCUGAUGCUUUGUGCUGAUUGAAUUUGUUUGCUGAAUCUGGGUUUGGUACAGUAUGUGAUUGUGAGACUGUCUCAAGAAAAACUGGAUAAACGUGAUAGAGUUUGAAAGAAUGAAGUUCACUAAAGGGAAUUUAGUGGAGGUCUUAAGGAGAGAACAUGAUCCAUGUGGUUCGUGGUUUCCUGCCAGCAUAAUUUCAACAGAUGGUGAUAACUUUAUUGUGAGGUUCAAAUCACUCGUGAACCCCGAAGGAAAAAAAGUGGUGGAGAAGGUGCAUGAGAGGGAUGUUAGACCCCCGCCUUCAAAUGUGAAAGGGCAGACCUGGACGGUUGGUGAUGUGGCUGAAGUGUUUGAUGCUCAAUGUUGGAGGGUAGGGAAGGUUGCAAAAGUGUUGCCAAAAAAAAACGGGGUUGUCAUGAGGUUCUUUGGUUCCAUCCAACUUAAAGAAUUUGAUGUCUCUAAUCUAAGGAUUAGGCAGGUUUGGUGUGAUAAUAAGUGGAAGAUGAUUGGAAAGGUUAUCCAAGAAAAACAAUUUCCCAAGAAUUAUAGACCAAAUAAUUCAGAUUUUGCUCAGGGCUUGCCCUCCAGAACUCCAUCAGAACUUAGGUGCAGAGAUUUAGAUAUGAAAGAGAAGAUUGGAGAAUGGCACCUUAAGCAUCAGACUGACCAUACUAGGUCUUGUCUCCCCUUGAGAACUGUAAGGAAAAGCUAUCCCCCUCGUUAUGAAGAAAACUCUAGGGAUGUAGUCACUGGAGGAAGACGCAAGAAAAGGAAACGUUCCAGAGGACGCAAUGAACCUUCUAAGAGAAAGAUUCCUUUAUUUAAGCAGGUAGAUGACACAUCUUGCUCGCAUAUUGGAGUUGAAGAAAAAUUCAUUCCACAGUCAACUGAAACUGACAACAUACUUAACAACGCAACUCCUCAGUGGUUAGAUGAUUCUUGUAGGCCUCUUUGGUCUGCUGAAGAUAGCAACCAGUGCUCUGUUGCUAGCUGCAGUACCAAUUAUAUUCCUGACUAUCCCGUCCUCAUUUCUCAUAAACCACUGGAAAAUUUGCCUGAAAAUUCUGAUGCUGAGUCAUUAUUUCCUUCUAUGGGUGGCAAAGGAUCUUUGCCUAUGUCUCCAAUACAGAAACUGGAGGUAGACAUCCAUGAACUAGAGCUUCGAGCUUAUAAGUCAACAAUGGAGGCAAUGUAUGCUUUAGGUCCUUUAAGUUGGGACCAAGAGUCCCUCCUAACAAAUCUCCGACUCUCUCUUCACAUUUCGGAUGAGGAACACCUAUUCCAGCUCAGGCAUCUGUUAUCUACUCAAGUUUUGUGAUGCUGUCUGGAAUUUGAUUGCUUUGAGGCUCACCCUAUAACACAAUUGGAGUUUUUGUUAGUUACACCAGGCAAAUUUGAGCAACUUAAAGGUUACUCUGGCAGCCCCUUUUAAGAUUUUUGAUUGCAUAUACAUGUAAAUUCUUAACUGAAUUUUAGUUCUUGAAGUUGAGAUCCAGAAAUCUGUUUCAUAGAGAUUACUUGACUGAAAAAAUAUCUUUCUGCAGAAUUUCAACUUGUUUUUUGUUUAGGACCUCCUGUCUGUAUCUGUAAACACAUGUUGAUAUGCCUGGGGCAGCAAACAUAUAACU